UAUUUCAAAACAAAAAACCCAAAUUCAUUUCUAGGGUAGAAAAUCUAGAGAGAGAAAAUGUCAGGAAGAGGAAAGGGAGGCAAGGGAUUGGGAAAGGGAGGAGCAAAGCGUCACCGGAAAGUUCUCCGGGACAACAUUCAAGGCAUCACGAAGCCGGCGAUCAGGCGUCUUGCUCGAAGAGGAGGUGUGAAGCGUAUAAGUGGGUUGAUCUAUGAAGAGACACGUGGAGUGCUGAAGAUAUUUCUUGAGAAUGUUAUCCGUGAUGCGGUUACGUACACUGAACAUGCUCGCCGGAAAACUGUUACGGCGAUGGAUGUUGUUUAUGCGUUGAAGCGUCAAGGCCGUACUCUCUACGGUUUUGGUGGUUAGGGUUUUAAUUUAGGGGUCAGGGUUAUUGUCUUGUUAAUCUUUUAUUUGGUUUUGGUAUUAAUCGAUGUUAUGAACCGAUGUUACAUGUAACUGGUGGUUUUAAUACAAUAUUAGUUUAGUUAUGAACAAUUGUGAUUGCAUUUUCA